CUGAUAGCAUAAAAUGUGAGAUUGUGAAUGAUACACUUGUUAUUAAGUUUGGCACAGUUUUGCUUGAAAAGCUUGGUGACAGAAGAAAGAACGAUAUUUCUCAGCGAAUUCGUCAGCUCACUCGCUUAAAGAUGCAGAUCAAUACAACUAAGAAUGAUAAGACCGAACAAUUAUUUGAUUUGAUUUCUGGAAAUGGAUUUGAUACUGUGGUGGAAGGGGUGCGGAACUUGUGUGGGACAUAUGAAAACGAGGAAAAAGUAGUGAGAAUGAAGAAACCUGGACUUGCAUUAAGAUUGGGACACAACCUGAUUAAAGCUGCAGAAAUCAAAUGUGGUAUGGCCUUGAGAAUGGAUGAUGAAGCAAGCUGUAAUCAAGCAGAGACAUUUUGCAAGCUUUACAGACGAGAGUGGAAUGAUAAGAUAUCAAGUGUUGCCUUAAGUACCCUGAAAACAAACAAGUUUAACAAGGGCCAAGUGAUACCAUUGACAGAUGACCUUGUGAAAUUGAAAAAUCAUUUGUCAUCAAGAAUGUCUGCACUUGCAGAAAAGCUACAAAGUUCACCUGCAUAUAAAGUUUGGCGUGAAUUGGCAGAGGUCACUAUGGUCAAAAUCCUGUUACUGAACAAGCGCCGAGGUGCUGAAGCAUCCAAGUUACUGAUUAGUGCAUAUCAGAGUCGGCCUAACUGGGAAGAGACUACAAACAAAGAGAUACUUGGCAGUCUUUCUCCGCUGGAAAAGAAGAUGUUCUCUAGGAUGGAUAUGGUCCAUACCCAAGGAAAGCAAGACAAAAAGGUGGCGACUCUUCUGAACCGAGACAUGGUAGACGCCAUUAAUCUACUCAUAGCCACCAGAGCAGCUUGUGGCAUUCUAGAUACAAACAAGUAUGUGUUUGCCAACCAAUUAGAUGGACACCUAAGUACCUGGACAAGUCUGCGUGACCAGGCAGUACAGGCCCAGUGCAGUAAACCAGAGUUGAUAAACUGCAACUCUUUGAGGAAGAACAUCGCAACAGUAUGUCAGCUGAUGGAUCUCAAUGAUGGCGAGGUCCAAUGGGUGUCCAGCCAUUUGGGGCACACAGUCAAAACACAUAAAGAUUUUUACAGGCUGCAAGAAGCAGCUAUAGAAAUCGGAAAGGUUUCAAAGCUGCUGAUAGCAGCAGAAAGUGGGAAACUUUCAAAAUAUAAAGGGAAAUCUCUUGCAGCCUUACAAUUUGAUGAUGAUGAUGAAUCCGAUAAUGAUGAGGAUGAUGAUGAUGAGGAGGCAACAAAAGACGAUUCAAUAGACGAUGCUCUGGCCGGAGACAUCAAUGCCAUUGACUCAUCAAAUGACGAACCACCAGAAAAACCUCCUUACCAAAGACCCCAGAGAAAACGGCGUGUGAAGGCUGCUAGGAAGGAAAUUUGCUCAAGAGCCAGAGAAUCAUCAGUUGAAGAAUUACCAGUUGCACGGCUUUGUCAAAAACGCCAAAGAAUACACCAUGUAAUGCCUGCCCAGAAGGAAUCUUCAUCAAGGGAUAGCCAUGCAGACAUGGAUAGUGAUGACUCUCUUCACGAUCCCACAUACACUCUCGAAAAAGGAUCUGAGGAAUCAAGUGGAGAAGAAUUAAAAAUGCGAAAAAGGAGAUGGUCAGAGGAAGAAAACAUCAUUUUCAAACAGUGUUUUAAAAAUUGCCUUGAUGAUAAAAUUAUGCCAACUAGUGUUCAACUAAAAGUGGCUGCAAAACGGCUGCCAGAAAGAGGAAUUGCGCAGAUAAGAACUAGAGUUCACAAUGUAAUAAAAGGAAAACAAGUAAUGUAAACACUUCUAUGAAAAAGCUUUUGUUAUCCCCCUGCCAACUGGUUGGGUAAUGGUCUCUGUCCGUCCUUCAUGAUGCUGACCUAAAAACUUUAUGGACUGAAAGAUCACAGAAAUGAGGAGUUCAGAGAAUAGGGUUCUUCACAUUAGCUGUCAUUGUAUUUUUGUCAUUGCCUUGCAUGUGUUGCCCUUGUUUUUUUGUUGUUGUUUUUAAGUUCAUCACAUAAUUAAUUUUUAUUUUCAGACUGAACUAUUAAACAUUUAUGUUUUACGGGGUUAGGCAGGGGAUAAUGGCAAUGUUACUUGGAUCUUGUUAACGCUCAAAAUGUUAGAGAAUCCUGUGUUGUAGCCCUUCCAAACAUGUUUGACUCUUUUUUUUGAAAGGUUUAAGGGUCAUUGUAUGUUAUGGUCUCAGUCAUUUGUCUGUCUGCACCAACAAUAUCAUACUUUUGUGGCUCUGUGCAGGCCUGUACCUCAAAGAUCAAGAUCAAACCUUAUGGUUCUUUGUCCGGGACAUAUUAAACACCCUGAAGGAUCUGAAAUAAAUUUGGGCAUAUAUUUCCCCAAUUUGUGGAGCUCUUGUUAGGAUUAUUACUUUGCCGAAAAAAAAAUGACAUUUUUAUGCUCCCUGCAUAUAAAUCUGUACAGUUGUAGACUUUUUUGAGGUUGUGUCAUGUUUAAGCCUUGGUUCAAAGUCGAGGUCACAGUUUAUGAUCAAAGGCUACCAAUAUUGCUGAUUUUGAAUAUAUGCUUGUUUCUCUUAAAUUUUCUGUUGAAUAUGUUGUCAUUGACUAACAGAUUGGACAUUGUUUAUUUUGUUGCUCAUUUUCUAAGGGAGAAAGAGACUUUGGAGGGUUUUUAUUGACUAUGGUCUAUAGACUGGUAGUUCCUGUCCAUUAGUUUGUUUUUUCUUGCCCCCUUAUGUAGCUUAUAGUAUUCAAACUGUCCCUCGGUCCAUUCUUGUCCGAUGAACGUCUUGGUGCAUGGACCAACUUUUAAUUAAUUUUGGACAAUUUUCUUUUCCCCUAAAACAUUAAACAACUUUUGCUUGUCCAAUCAUUUAAUUUGUCAUGCAUGGAGGAAUGUUAAGUAACUUGGUGCAAUGAUCAUUAUAGCCUAAAUGUAUACACAUAUAUCUACCAGGUCUCUCAGUUCUAGGUCAACAUCAUAAUUUUACCCUUCUUUUUUGUCUUUGUUAUGCAUGGACGGAUUUUAAAAUAACCUCGUCAAAAUGUUCAUUCUCACACAAAAAUGUGUAGCAAAUAUAAGCCAAUGUUUCCAAGUUCAAUGUCACGCUUGUUUUAAAAAAUGGAAGCUGUUUUGUUACCUAAUUUUUAAUUAGAAAUAUUUGGUUGUAAAAUAUUAAAUUUCAGAAUAAAAAUUGCAUAAACAUUUGAGGUUUACAAAUUUUAUUAUUCUAUCUUGUUACAUGACUAUUAAUUGUUAAAUCUGUAUAUGACCAAAUGUUUAUACAGAGGGCAGUAUUUUAAACAUUAAACAACAAGAAUGGAAUAUUUUCAGCUAAAAUUAUUGAAAAGUAUCUCUGCAUUGAAAUGAUGACUUUGAUACAGUUUUUUCUUCUAAGUUAUUUGAAAUACUGCAGAUAUCACAUUAAACUCUAUAUAUUUCCCAUCUGCCCUAAAUGCUAUAUUUUCAUAUAUUAUUAUUAUUAUAUAUGUACUUGUCAUCUGCCCACAACCUGUCUUCUUAAGUUCCCAUAUAUUAAGCAUCUGCUCUUAAUGCAAUAUUUUUUAUUUUAUUUUAAAGAUGGGAAGAUUCCUGACUUUUAUUAGUGUUUUGAGUAUUUGUUUGAAAUGUUGUGUGUUAAAAAAUAUGUUUUGAUAUUGUUAUUUAACAGCAAACCUUUUAGUACAUAUAUAUGUAAUAUAUCAUAUAUAUUUCUUUGUUUAAAACAAACAAAACCUGGAUUUGUUGAUGUUUUCUUUAAAAAAAGGAACUGCUCCUAAUUAGAAUGCUCUUUAAAAAAGUACAUAAUGGUUUGUUCGUUCAAAUGUUUAUUAUUUUACAACAUACAACUUCUAUUUAAAGAACACUGGAUAUAUCAUAUGUUGAUAUGUGACACAUUUUCAAAUUUCCCCUUGUAUUGGGCUGAAUUGUUUUGGUCUUUCUAAGGUUUGUUUUUCAUUCCUAUUAAAAAGCAUAUUUUUCUUGGUAGCAAGUCCGGCAGUUUAAAAACCAACAACACCAUUUGUUUAAAUAGUAGUGUUUUUUCUUCUACACAUUUUGCAGGUUUUUUAGCUCGACUAUUCGAAGAAUAAGGAGAGCUAUCCUAGUCACCCGAGCGUCGACGUCGGCAUAACCACUUAUGUUAAAGAUUUUGUAUGAGUCAAAUAUUGACAUAUGGCUUUGAAACUUCGCACACUUCUUCAUCAUCAUGCCCCCAACCUGUACACAGGAGGAGGUAACUCUAUUAAGCAUUUUGACAAAAUUAUGCCCCUUUUUUUACUGAGAACUUACGUUCAAGUUUGCGUACCACCUCAAAUAUUUUCAAAGUCAUUUGACAUCUGGCUUUGAAACUUUGCACACUUGUUCACAAUCAUGCCCCCAACCUGUACACAGGAGGAGGAGGUAACUCUAUCAAGCAUUUUGACAAAAUUAUGCCCCUUUUCAACUUAGAAUUUAUGUUAAAGUUUGUGUACCACCUCAAAUAUUUUCAAAGUCCAUUGACAUCUGGCUUUGAAACUUUGCACACUUGUUCACCAUCAUGCCCCCAACCUGUACACAGGAGGAGAUAACUCUAUCAAGCAUUUUGACAAAAUUAUGCCCCUUUUUCAACUUACAAUUUAUGUUAAAGUUUGUGUACCACCUCAAAUAUUUUCAAAGUCCAUUGACAUCUGGCUUUGAAACUUUGCACACUUGUUCACCAUCAUGCCCCCAACCUGUACACAGGAGGAGAUAACUCUAUCAAGUAUUUUGACAAAAUCAUGCCCCUUCUACUUACAAUUUAUGUUAAAGUUUGGGUACCACCUCAAAUAUUUUCAAAGUCCAUUGACAUCUGGCUUGGAAUCUUUGCACGCUUGUUCACCAUCAUGCCCCCAACCUGUACACAGGAGGAGGAAAAUCUAUCAAGCAUUUUGACAAAAUUAUGCCCCUUUUUCGACUUAAAAUUUACAUUAAAGUUUGCGUACCACCUCAAAUAUUUUCCAUUCAAAUUAUGUAAAUAUCUCAGCACAUCAUGUAUUGCAUUGAAAUCUAAUCUAACAGUGAUCCAUGCAUGUUUUGCCAAAACUUUUCAAUCCAUACACCAAAAAGCGGCGGAAUAGUUGAGUUGCACUGUCUCUGUGACAGCUCUUGUUAUAUUUGUGAGAAUAUAAGCUAUCACUAAUAUCAACAAUAAUUAUAUUAAUAUUGCUCAAGCGCUUCAAUUUGCUAUAAUUCAAUUCAAGUUUAUGUAUUUGUAACAACUUAAAUGUGAAAAUGAAUGUGUUCACAUGAUUUUGGGCAAUUGGUGUUACAACUUAUUUUCUAAUCAGACUUGCAAUUUACACAUUGUGUUUAGAAAAGAGAAAUACUUUUAUUCCUUUGAUAUUGGUGAACAUUUAAUAACGAUAAUUAAAAUCAACAUAAUACUAAGGUCAUGUGAUUUACAACAUAUUAGCAAUGACCGGUAUAUAGAAACUCUCAGCUUACUGUAUCAACAUCAGGCUUGAUCCCAUUGUAAAUUUUAUGUAAGAAUGUAUAUUCUGUUUGUUUGGUAUCUGCUACUCGGUGAAAUAAAUUGUUUAUUCAUAA